AUGCGGGGCUGGGGGACAUCCCCCGAGGGUCCCGGGUCCACCCCCGACUCCCCCCGCACUGCUCCGCCGGUGACCCUCCGCUGCCGGGCUCUGCUCAACCCCACGGAGGAGCGAGGUCCCGGGGGUGUCCCCGCGCGGGUGGCACCCGGUGGUCCCGCGGCGCGGCCCCGGUUGUGGGGGUGUCCCCCUCCAUCCCCCCCCACCCCACGGAGGGCCGCGGUCCCUUUAAAUGGCGGCGCGGCCCCGGUGGCGGAGGGGGCGGUGGCGGUCGCUGACAUCACGCGGGGCCGGGAGCACCUGCGCCCCGCCCGGCUCCGCCACCGGCACCGGCACCGCAGCGCACCGGGCCGGGCGGGCACCGGGGCUGGUGCGGGCCGCCCCCGCCGCCCCCCCAGGUACGCAGCGCGCAGGACGGGACCGGUGGACGGGGAUACCGGGACCCACCGGGACCCCCUACGGGGCUGGGAUGGCUGUAGAGAGACCCCCGCAUCUGUACCGGGACCCCCUGAGACCGGGCCAGCUGCACUAGGACCCCCGGUUCUGUACCGGGACCUCCCCAACCCCCCGGGAGCCUCCUCCAGGCGGGGAACCCCCGCACCGGGCUCCGCUGCCCCGCACCGGGAAGGGACACCCCCCCCCCCCACCCGCCUUCCAUUGCGGCCGCACCGGGACAGCCCCCCCGCACCGGGACCCCCUGCUCCCCCCGCCGCCCCCGGAGCCGGUGUCGCCCCCGGGCCCUGCGCAGCGCGGCCCGGCCGGUGCCGCGUGACGUCACCGGGGAUCCCGGGGGCCGGGGGGAGCUGGGGGGCGCCGGUGUCCCCGCGGCCGAACCGGGGAGCACCGGUACCCUGCGGGGUUCCGGUGCCGGGUGCGCCGCCGUUCUCGGGGGUCAAGCUGGGGCUGCGGGGAGCGAGGGGGGAGCGAACGAGAGAGAACGGGGCGGGGGGGGGGAGAACGGGGGGGACGUUCCCGGAGGUAGCCGCGGCCAAGGGCCCAGACCCGCGGGGAGCCCCAGCCCCGUUCCCGGUCGCGUCACGCUCCCGGGGCCUCCCGGUGCCACCGGGCCGGGGGUGGGCCGCAGAACCGGGGAGGCCGAGCUCUGUGCCCGGGGAGCGGCACCAGCCCCACGACACCGGGAGUUCCCCCCCAGCCUGGAGCUCUGUCCCCCCCAGCUCAGCUCCCGGGGACAGUCCCGGGCCCGGUGUCCCCGCGGGGAUCCCAGGGGCCAGCGGUGCUGCUGCCACCGGGUUUGACACCCGGGCGAGUGGCGCUGCCACGUCGGCCGUGCCCGGUGUGACGGGAGCCAGCCGUGGGCUCGGUGCCACCUUGUCACCCACCAUCACCGAGGUCCCGCCGUGCCGCCAUCCGAGGCUCCUGCCCCUCGCCCUCCUCACCUUGCCUGGCUCCGGUUUCUCGCCGUGGCCCAGUUUCAGCUCCACACUCGGUGGAUCAGGGCGGGGGGAGCGGAGCCCCGCCCCGCUGCUGUCGGUGUCCCCACGCCCGGGGCUUCCAGCUGGCUCAGGCCAGAGGCCGGUUCAGGGCUCGGGGGAGGCGGCUGCGGGUCCGUCCCGGUUUGUCCGGGAGCCGUGUGGCGGCUGCGUCACCGCCCAUACGGGUUUCUCCGGUGGAUGA